CGAAUCACAGUGCUGAUGUUUCGGUUUCGUCACUAUAGUGAAGAGAGAAGGGAGAGAGAGGGGGAGGAAAAAAAAAAAAAAAAGCAGCCCGUCAACCUGAGAAGAGGUGAACAGGUAGAGAUGGCAUUUAAUCAGCUAACCUCCACCGCUGUGCAGCUGUAUGACGAGUGGAUCAAGGAUGCAGAUCCCAGGACUGAAGACUGGCUGCUCAUGUCCUCUCCGCUGCCUCAGACCAUCAUCAUUUGUGCCUAUAUCUAUUUUGUGAUGUCACUGGGGCCCAGGCUGAUGGAAAACAGGAAACCGUUUGAUCUGAAGAAGGUCCUAGUGAUCUACAACUUCAGCGUAGUGGCGCUCUCUCUGUAUAUGUGUUAUGAGUUCGUGAUGUCUGGUUGGGGCACCGGCUACUCGUUUCACUGUGAUCUGGUGGAUUACUCCCACUCCCCACAGGCUAUGAGGAUGGCACACACAUGCUGGCUGUACUACUUUUCCAAAUUUAUUGAAAUGCUGGACACGGUGUUCUUUGUGCUGAGGAAAAAGAAUAACCAGAUCAGUUUCCUGCAUGUCUUCCAUCACUCUAUAAUGCCAUUCACAUGGUGGUUUGGUGUCAGGUUUGCUGCAGGUGGCCAGGGAACGUUUCACGCCCUUCUGAACUGUAUAGUCCAUGUCAUAAUGUACACGUACUAUGGGCUGUCGGCACUGGGACCUGCUUAUGAGAAGUUUCUCUGGUGGAAGAAACACCUGACCUCUAUACAACUAACGCAGUUUGUGAUCAUCACCACUCACAUUGGUCAGUACUUCUUUAUGAAAGAUUGCCCCUAUCAGUACCCCAUCUUCAUUUACAUCAUCGGCCUCUACGGCUUGGUCUUUCUCUGCCUGUUCCUCAACUUCUGGUAUCACGCGUACACCAAGGGCAAAAGGCUUCCCAAAGUUCUCCGGAGUGAAGACAAUGUCCAGAACAACAACAGUGUCCCUCACAACAAACAGGAUUAAACGCUUUUAGGAACUCAUUUGAAAUGACAAUCUGCCGUGCAUGGAGUACUUCAGCACUUUUGUUUACUGUACUUUUUAUAUUAGGAAUAAUUAUAUUUGUGAGAAAUGAGUGUAUGACACUAAGAAUUACAAGAGGUCUAAUUUUUUUUUUUUAAGUCAGAAGAAUAUAACUUCAAAUUUAACUGAAAGGGAAAAUUAAUUUCAGUCUCAACCCUGUUACUACGUUGCUGUUUUCUGUAAAAGAUCACUAAUACUGAAGCUUUUGUGAACUCUGGCGUCAAUUAGCUACACAUGAAUGGAUAUCAGAAAAUGCAUCGGUUGAUUUUUCUGGUAAAACUGGAUUCGUGAAGCCUCAACUUUUGACUGGCAAGUCUCUCCUUUCCUUAUUUCCUCCAUUUUGGAAUAAUUAAACGUUUUGAUACUUUGUGCAGUUACUUUAUAUAUUGGAUAUAAAGCCAAAUUAACUUAGCUUUAAAGUCCCUGCAUUUAACUGUUGAUCUUAAAAUAUAUUCUUCCCUAACUGUUAAGAAUGAGCUAAUGGGGAAGGUCUGUAGUUAUACGAGGGAGAAAUUUAAGUCUGGACUAGUCAACAGGUCCUGCUAGUUUAAGGGAUUGAAAUUAUUUACUAUACAUUUCCCUCGCCAGGCAUUAAAGAACCCCUAGUGCCUUAACUAUUUUUAUCUCCUAUAGUCCCUUGGCCUUUCUCACAGCUCUGGAAAGCAUGCUGAUUUAUACACAUAGUCUGUUUUGCCUUUUAAAAAUCUAAAUUGCACUAAAUUCAGUCUUUGAGAAGUACAUGACAAUAUGAAUGUCCCUGAAGGAGCCAGUGCACUUCUCUGGACCUCUGAGUGAGAACUGAUCUUGGAUCACAUCCUGUCUGACCAUUUGAUAUGUGGAUAGGAAGGCAGAACGCUGAUCCAGGCCCAGAACCUUUACUCUAAGAAGUGUAAUACAUGCAAAUGUGGGUUCUGAGAACACUGCACUAAUGGUGAUUUGGGACAGGACAACAAGACAUCAGCAUGUUUCCGAAUACAGCUGAUGAGGAAGGCAGCAUUAUGCAGAUUUAAGUGCUCCAUUUUAUUUUAGUACUGUUAUGAUUGUCCUUGUCUAGGACAGGAGUCCACAUUCUCAUUUUUAUACAUGUGAAACUGAAUAUGUGAACUGUGUUUUUAAAAUGAAUAUUUAUAAAGAAAUAAAUACUUUUCACUGGUAAA